CAAGUGUUUACAUCGGCACUCGGUAGGGGUGGUGAUGGCAGACGUCAGCUGUUUCGCUCCGUUCCUCCAGUGCUGUCACCGCUGCCUCUGAUCAUCUUUGAUACUGUGAUAUUUUGUUAAUCCUGGACACCACUACAGUGAACAUCUGCUGUUAUUAGGGUGACAAUGAUACAAACCAUUAACAACAUUAGGGAUUCCAUGCUGGAGAUGUUUGAGUUGGUGUUCCAGAUGUUCUCCCUGUCGGUGCGAGUGUGGUCGUUGGCCAUCACUGUCCUGCUGCAGCUGCUUGUCAUCCUGGUGGGGCUCCUGUGUCUGUGCUGGGUGCUCCUCAAGUUUUGUGUGUAUACAUUGCCAAGAGGAGACCCAGGACAGAUCCACGUGGCAUUCUUUCACCCAUACUGCAAUGCUGGAGGUGGAGGGGAGAGAGUGCUGUGGUGUGCCAUCAGAUCACUGCAGAAGAAGUACAAAAACAUCAAGUGCUAUGUUUACACAGGGGACACAGAAGCUUCACCUGAGGAAAUUCUACAAAAGGCAAAGGACAGGUUUAAUGUUACUCUGCCUCAACCUGUUGAGUUUAUAUUUCUAAGAAGUCGUAGUAUUGUCGAGGCCAAGUAUUACCCUUUCUUGACUCUGUUUAUGCAGAGUAUUGGAUCCAUAAUGCUGGCUGGGGAAGCUCUGUCCAAGUUUCGACCAGACAUCUUUUUUGAUUCCAUGGGUUAUGCAUUUACCUAUCCAGUAUUUCGUUUCAUUGGUGGCUGUGUUGUGGGAUGCUACACUCACUACCCCACCAUAAGUACUGACAUGCUGAAUAGAGUGUCAGAUAGGGUUGAAUCCCACAACAACAGGAGGCUCAUUGCAAAUAGUGCAUUCUUCAGUUUUGCCAAGAUGGUUUAUUACAGAGUGUUUGCCGAGUUGUAUUCUCUUGUCGGCUGGAGUGCGCAGGUGGUGAUGGUUAAUUCUUCCUGGACACAUGGACACAUUUCAUCACUUUGGGGAGUGAAUCGACGCAUUCACAUUGUGUAUCCUCCAUGUGACACUGAGAAAUUCAAAAGUCUUGAGAUCAUUCCUGACGUAGAGAAGAAAGUAAAGUCCAUAGUGUCAAUAGGUCAGAUUCGUCCAGAGAAAGAUCAUGCCCUGCAGUUGAAAGCUCUCCACCGACUCUGUGAAAUUGUGGAUCCUGCCACUGAGGCUCAGCUUGUGAUCAUUGGUGGCUGCCGGAACGAGGAGGACCACCAGAGGGUUUCAGCACUGAAAGACUUAGCAGCUUCUCUUAAUAUUGAGGACAAAGUAGUGUGGAAGCUGAAUGCACCAUUUGAUGAGCUGCUGGAGUGUGUUCAGCAAGGCACAAUUGGAUUGCAUACCAUGUGGUGUGAACAUUUUGGCAUCUGUGUGGUGGAAUGCAUGGCUGGAGGCCUCAUAAUGGUUGCUCAUGAUUCUGGUGGACCAAAAUUGGACAUUGUUGUAGAUUAUGAAGAACAGCAAACUGGAUACAGAGCAACGGAUGUUGAGUCUUAUGCACAGGCAAUGAAGACUGUUCUUGAGUCUUCCAAUGAGACAAGAGAAAACAUGCGACUAGCGGCCAGGAGUUCUGUCGACAGAUUUAGUGACAUAGAGUUUGAAAUGGCCUUUCUUGGUGCUUGUGAGAGUUUAUUUUCCUCCACUAAUGUAGUUUUGAAUUAAUGCUUAUUGUUACAAUGUAGCUAUUUAUUAUGACAAAUGUUUCAGCUUCAAAACUUUGGUAAAGGAAAAAUUAUGUUGUAUAGGAGUGGCUACUUAUUAUGCAUAGAAGUGAGAGGGAGGUGGCACUGUUUAGUGUUAAGGUGGGUGCCUUUUCUGUGAUCUGUAACCUUUGCUGUCCUCUCUUGAGAUGUCCACUUAGCUGUUCAUUGUAGGGAAUAGGAUGGUGAUGAUGGUAGUAGUGCUGGUGAUGACAGUGAAGCUGGAGAUUGUGGUGGUGAUGGUGGUAGGCAAUACCUCCAUGUUCUGUCAUACUGCACAUUGCUAAGCUGCUGUUAGGUGGUAAGGGGUGACUCACAUAAAUGUGGAGCUUACCUUUCAAAAUUAUGAUGAUUCAACUCACCAUCCCCAGAAAUUAAGUAUGUAGAGGGAUGUGAGUUGCCAGAAAUAGAGAUAGAUUGGUAAGAAAUGUUGGCCAGCAAUUGUUUCUGCUUUUUGGAUCUGUUGCAGUUAAAAUACUUAUUAUUUUUCUACUAAUUCUAUGAAAAGACUUGAUAGACAGCUGCCAUAGAAGAUUUGCUAUACAUAGAGUAAAUCUGUACUGUACUUUAAUUUUUCUAGGCCACCAUAGCAAAUUUACAGAAUAAGUCCAAUGACAUACUAAGGAGUUCUCUUGCCGAUCCAUCUUUCCAUCCACCACUGUGUGUGUGUGUGUGUGUGUGUGUGUGUGUGUGUGUGUGUGUGUGUGUGUGUGUGUGUGUGUGUGUGUGUGUGU